AUGCCAAAUGUCGUACAUCGCUCCGAGAAGCAUGAGUGGAAUUUUACGGCGCGAAAUACCCUCGCAGGGACUGGUCCGAAGAUGCCACCGUUGACUGAAGAGCCUGAAGAUAGUCAGAUCAGUCAAGAAAAGCCAUUUUCUGUGCUGGGCGAUGAUGGGGCCAAACACCAAACAGGGAUGAAACUCUUUUGGAUUAUUCUAGCUCUCUGUUUAAGCGUAUUCCUUGAAGCGCUCGAUCUCACCAUCGUUACAACUGCUAUUCCAACGAUAACGGAUCACUUUCAUAGUUUACAGGAUGUAGGAUGGUACGGCAGUGCCUACCUCCUUACCAGCGCUUCACUGCAACUCCUUUUCGGCCGAAUAUACAGCCAGUUUACCAUAAAAUGGGUCUACCUCUCUUCCAUUGUCAUCUUCGAACUAGGAAGUUUAAUAUGCGGCGUGGCCAACCGGAGCUCAAUAUUCAUCAUCGGCCGCGCCAUUGCCGGCGUCGGCUCCGCCGGUAUAUUCACAGGCUCACUUGUUAUCCUGUCUCAGUCGGUACGCCUUGAACGCCGGCCGUUCUUCACUGGUAUUAUCGGGAGUAUGUACGGCAUUGCGUCUGUCGUUGGCCCGGUCCUCGGGGGCCUCUUCGCCAAUAAGUUGACAUGGCGUUGGUGUUUUCUUAUCAACUUACCCCUGGGCGCGGUCGCCGCCCUCGUCAUCAUCACGCUCCUCGAGCCGACGCGGCAUCCAGGCGAACAAGACACGAAAGCAAAUCGCCUGAGGAAAUGCGACCCUUUCGGCAGUGUCCUCUUCAUUGCUGCUACAGUCUGUCUACUCCUCGCCCUACAGUGGGGAGGCACGCAGCAUGACUGGAAUAGCUGGCGUGUCAUUGUGUUAUUCUGCAGUUUCGGCAUCUUGAUACUCGUCUUUGUGCUUGUCCAGUAUAUACGGCAGGAGUGUGCUACCGUCCCGCCACGCAUCUUCCUUCAGCGGACUGUCUGGUCCUCUUCUCUCUUUGGCUUUUGCCUCGGCGGCGCGGCUCUCAGUUCCGUCUACUUCCUACCGAUCUGGUUCCAGGCUGUCAAGGGUGUGAGCCCUGUCGUCUCUGGCUUCAUGAUGCUUCCUAUACUCAUAAGCUUCGCUCUUGUGUCCGUCCUCUCGGGUAUUUUGGUCACAGUCGCCGGCUACUACACGCCAUUCAUGUUGGCUGGCACUGUAUUCUGCAGCUUUGCGUACGGCCUGAUGAGCACGGCUACCCCGGACACCUCCAUGCUUACUUGGGUUGGUUAUCAGAUUCUCGCUGGCGCUGGCGCCGGCUUUGCGACGAACCAGUGUCUUAUUGCUGUUCAGGUUGUCCUCGACACGGACGAUAUACCUACCGGUACUGCUCUCGUAUUCUUCUUCCGCAUACUCGGCAGUGCCAUCUUUGUCUCCAUCAGCGACUGUGUCUUUACAAACAAUCUCAGGCAGCUCCUUUUGGUAAAUGUGCCUAGCCUAGACCCGGAUGUCAUUCUCAAGGCGGGCGCCACCAACUUUCGGGACGUUGUCUCCCUUGCUGACCAACCGGCCGUGCUCGCGGCAUACAACGGAGCUAUUAGUAAAACUUUUAUUGUCUUUGCCGUUGUCUCUGCUGUAGGUAUAUUGGGUGCACUGAGUGCGGAGUGGAAGAGUGUCAGAGCAAGCAACGCGUCAUCAAAAUUAUGA